UCAUUCACUUUAAAUCGGGGGCUCGAUCGUUUAUCGUUUUUCGUUGGUUUUCUUUUGAUCUUUGAGAGGAGUUCUGGUCCUUGAUUUGUGAAAUUAAAUUUUGUGGGCUAAAUUGCUGAAUCUCUUGAAUUUACUAUUGAAAAGUACACCUUCCAGAAAUAAAAAACUGAUAUUAAUCCUGCUACUGGCGUUAAGCACUUUGUUCAAAGAAAUAAUAAAUCACGUUUUUCAUUGGCAACGAUUAACGUUUUGCGCGGGAAGCAGGAACAGUCUUAUUGGAAUGAGAAUUUGCACAUAUUUUAAUUAAAAGAUGACUGACGCGUUGUGCCAUUUAGUUGUAGAUGGAAAUGAGGUUUUAGAAUUUAAAUUGGUGAGGAGUGUCCAAGACAUAGAAAAUGAUGACACAAGUUUUGGUCCUGAAAUGUGUCAUCAGGUAUUUGGUGAAAAUGAGAACAUUUUUGGGUACACAGACCUGCACAUAAGACUAUACUACAGUGCAGGCAGCCUACAAACAUAUCUUGGAAUAGAAUACACAGAUAAGAUUGAGCCCAGUAAAUCUGAAGGGAUGAAAGCAGACGACGUAGAAGGUGCUUUGAAAAAGGUCCUUGCUCCUGGUUUUGUCACCAAUUUGGAUCAUUUUAUCUCUCUGGUAGACAAAGACAAGUCGUUCAUCCCACACGGUCGUCUCGUUCAUGCAUUCACAGUAACUCCUGAUGAUGGCAGUGACCGGCGCAUGUUUGAAGUUUACUUCAGUGAGAUAUCGACACCUGGUUUCUUGACAUUUCAUGAGCGCCUGCAAACUUUCCUACUGUGGUAUGUUGACGCCGCAUCUUUUAUUGAUGUUGAUGACGAUCAGUGGAAUUUCUUUACAGUAUUUGAGAAAUAUGACUCAUGUGAAGGAGGCCACCGGUAUGCAGUAGCUGCCUAUGCCACAGUGUACCGCUACUAUGCAUACCCACGCAACUUGAGGCCUCGGAUCUCACAAGUGCUCACUUUGCCACCAUUCCGAAAACUUGGUAUUUGCGCACAUCUCAUAAAAGCGAUAUAUACCCACUUUACAGUAUUACCAGAAGUUGUUGAUAUAACAGUGGAAGACCCAUCUGCAGACUUUCAGAGAAUAAGAGACUAUGUGGAUGCCAAAAAUUGUGAAACCUUGCCAGCCUUCCAACCUGCCAAGCUAUAUCAGGGGUUCUCACAAGAGAUGGCAAACCAAGCAUGUAGCAAGUUCAAGAUCAACAAGAAGCAGGCGCGUCGUAUUUACGAGAUACUGCGGCUAAAAAAUACUAACACUUCUGAUAAAACUACAUAUUUGAACUACAGGCUAGAUGUUAAGAACAGGCUAAAUGCACCUUUCCAGAAAAAGAAGUUGGAAAUGAAGAAGCUCCAGAAAGUUCUAGCGCCUGAAGAGUUUGCGGCGACAGUAACAUCUAGCGGCGUCAGUGAGACUCAAGGCCGGCUGUGUGCGCUGUAUGCGGCGCUGGAGCACGAGUACCGCCGCGUCAUACACCGCAUGGAACACGACUAGAUAAACCAAACUAAAUAGUACCCCAAUACUCACCCUUCCCCUAUCAUAAAUUCAGAUUCAGAAGGUAAAUUUCCUCAGAAAAUAAUAUGAAAUUCCCAAUACUACCCUGUUUGUAUAGGCUCUUUAAAAAGGUAAACAAUCUUGACGUCUCUUAUUGAAUGAAAUAUUCACUGUAAAAAUUAAAACGUUUCGAGAAAAGGUAGGUAGUGCCAUUGCGCUUCGCUUGGCUCGUCUUUCUUUCGUAAUGUUAAUUAUUGAUUUUUAAAGUGGAUUUUAAAAGUAAGAUGAUACCAUCUAGGUGAACGGCAGAUCGUCAGACUGAUAUGGCGAAAUUGUACUCCAAUUAAAUUGGUUUCAAAAGUCAAUUCUAUAAAAUUUUGAAUUGUACACAAUAACAUUAUAAUGACAAAAAUGAUGAUAAAUACUUAUAUUACGGCGUUUGUAUGAAAAGAUGUGUGGUCGUGUGUUAUUAGUUUUGUUCUAUACGUGAUAAUAUGAUAAAUCUUAGACCUAAGGCCGAAAAUCUUGGAUGGAUCUUUAUUUUUUCUAACUGGCCUCUUAUUUAUCUCCUUUUUUACUUUACAAUAUUGUGAAUUAUCUUAACAUUUUACUGUGAAGGCUGAUAUGUUUAAAUUGUCCAUUUAAUGUUAUGUUUUGCUUUAUAUUAAUUUAGUUUUUGUGUUUGUACCUCAUUAACAUUUCGUUGUAGAUUAGAUCUAAUACUAAACUCGCGGCUAGGCCGUAUCAAAACAUGUUAUUUUGAAAUUGUUGUAGGAAUUUGUAUGUUUCGUUCAUCGGGUGAAUGUAUGACGAACAUAGCAUUAUUCUCCAACUCAAAUCGUUCUCGUUGUGAUUGUCAGAUUAAAAGUAUUUUUAUAAUAAAAUUGAAUUGUAAGAUUAGAA